UGCAACACUAAAUGAUUCUUGAUAUGUUGGAAAAGUUCAUCUUGUAUCAUUAUGUCAGAAGCUAAGACUCCUGAAAAUAAAAAACGUAAAAGCCUCUCUUUGUCUAAAAAUCGGAACAAUUCAACACCAAAAGCCAUUGGAUCUUCAAGCCAGCCUGCAGCAUCUCCAUCAAUUCUUGCUCUCUUUAAGAAUGCACCACCUCCUAAACUUUCUUGUCCUCUGUGCGGGGAAAUGGUCCCUCGGUUUAGUCUGAACAAACACAUUGAUGAAGAAUGCCCUAAAGCAAAGGCCGAGAAUGAUGACAUCAUAUUGGUAGAAGAUGGAAAAUCUGUGCAGCUCUCUUCUUCCACCACAGAUUCUGAACUGUCGCAAGAAUUUGAAACUCAAGCUACGAAAGCGGAUGGGAAAACAGAUCAAUGUAAAAAGACAAUGGCAAAUACCAAACAAGACAGCCCAUAUUUUAAGACUAAUCCCUCUGUGGCAGAUAUUCCAAAAGAAGUGAAGGUGGUAAAAACUGUGCCACUGGGUAGCCUUUCCUCCAAGUUAUCUCGGAGAUAUCAAACGCGCAGGGCUGAAAGCAAGGACACUGUUGACUGCCUUGAAGAUCUGUCACAUGACUCGCCCAACACACAUUCUUUUCCUAAAGAGUCGCCACCAUGUAAAAGUAAUGGCCAGUCCAAUGGUCUUCACAGUGAUGAAGGCACGCAUUGUACUGACAAAGAAACUUUGGCUUUAAGUUUGGACACCCUAAGUGAUGAUCCUGAGGUUAGUAGUGACCACAAACUCAACCCAGUUAUUGAUGAUGGUCCAAAAAUAUUACUUUGCAAUGCUGAAGAUAUAUCUUGCAAACAAGACAGGAUCAGGGAACCUUUAAAACGUAAGUUGGUUGGUCACCAUUGGAAUAUAACCAGCGAUGGUAAAAAGGCAAAGUUUAAUGAUCCUCAGGAAGCCACGUCUGGUCCAUCUACUUUGACCAAGAACUGUGAUGAUUCUUUGGAUGUGUCUUCUAGUGAAGACAAAAGUCGUCUUCUUCCCAUGGAAGAUUCCGAUGUUAUUGAAUUUGUAAAGCCAAGAGACACUGAUGGCCAAGAAGAGGCAGGCGAAGGCAGCAAUAAAGAGAAUGCUUCAGACUUUGAUAGGCAACCAUAUUAUUUAAGAAACUUUUCAAUGGUGCUGCAGACUGUCAUGGAGAACGAGGAGGACAUGCGUCUUUUUAAUGAAGAAGAUAGAAAGACUUUAACAGCAUUUAAUCAACUGCCAGCUGGUGGACAGAAGUUAUAUGUGCGACUAUUCCAGCGCAAGUUAAACUGGAUAAAAACAAACAAGAUAGAAUAUUCUGAGAUCGGUUCUGACUUGACUCCCUAUAUUGAAGAACUAAAUCGAAAUGGCUUCCUGCAAUCGGACUGUGAGUUGGAGGACCUUACUGAAGCUCUGGAUCUUCUGCCUGCCCCAGAACUAAAAAACCUAGCAAAAGCAUUUCACUUGAAAAACCCCAAUGCUCCAAAACAACAGAUUGUGGAGGAGUUUUUAAAACUUUCCAAACAACGUUCCAUAUUCAGCUUGGGUAAAAAUCAGUCUGGCAUCUCUGCAGCUAUCCUUAAAAAAGCCAAAGACAGUGCUGGCCGAGCAGUACGGGUUUGCAGAGCUCCCAGGGCUGUUUUUUCCCGAGUCCUCCUCUUGUUUUCUUUGACACAAUCUAUGGAAGUAGAAGAAGCUGCUAGUGGGGGACAGAGCUUGCUUUCCACAGUGUUAAUGGUCAACAUGGGCCGCAUGACAUUCCCAAACUACACUGUGCAGAGGAGCAUGAAAAUAUUCCAGGACAGAGAAGAUCUCAUUAGGUAUGAAUGCGCAAUGCACAAAUUGGUGGACAUUGUAGUUACAAUGAUUAAUGGUAACUGGAAAGAAGCACAUGUGUUGUAUCAGAGUGCCAACGUGGUCUGGGAUCAGCUGAAGAAUGAGCCCACAUUGAGGUACCACGCAGAGCUGCCAUUAUACCUGCGCUGUUUUACUGUGGGCUGGGUAUACACAAGGAUUCUAUGUCGAGGUGUAGAAAUCUUACAGAGAUUGCAUCUCUAUGAGGAAGCUGUGGAGUUACUUCAAGCACUAUUGUCUCAAAAUAUAUAUUGUCCAGACAGCAGAGGACGCUGGUGGGAUCGACUGGUUUUAAAUUUACACCAGCAUUUGAAGCACACCCAGAAAGCUGUCACCUAUAUCAUGGAGGGCUUGUCAGAUCCCUAUGUACGUACCGGUCAUCAGCUGUCUCUGUACCAACGGGCUGUAAGAAUGAGAGAUUCUCCAAGCUGCAAAAAGUUCCACAAGAUGUUCAACAAUCUACCAGAGAUCAUUAUAGAGGAUGUUCCUCAUGUUACCAUUAAAGGCAAGAUGUACCCACAGGCUGGCAUGGGAAAAUCUGUCUUUAUAAUGGAGAAUGUGGCAGAGGAGGUGGGUGAGGAUAUCACAGUCUCUACAGUCAUGUGUUCGGUAGAAGAACUGGCACUGGCCCAUUACCGAGAACUCGGCUAUGAUCAAGGAAUUCACGGAGAAGGUUCCACGUUCUGUACCCUGUAUGGCUUGUUCAUGUGGGAUAUAAUAUUUAUGGAGGGGAUUCCUGAUGUCUUUAGGAAUACCUACCAGGCAUUCCCCCUGGACCUACAUACAGACAGUUUUUAUGAGAAUAGAAGGGAAGCCAUUGAAUGUCGGCUCCAGCUGCUCCAGGAGUCCUCCGCUGAGACUCUGCACAGCUUGAUGGCUGAUGUGUGGAAUGAACACCUAGGAGAAGCAGCUGCACUAGUCAGCUGGGAACGGUUCUCCUCACUGCAGCAGGCCCAGAGCCUGGUGUCCUGCCUUGGAGGAUCAUUGCUAAGUGGGCUGUGUAAGAUAAUGUCCAAAGACAUUAGGCACUGUAAAGGAGGUCUCCCCGACCUGGUCGUGUGGAAUGUGCAAAAGAAAAUGUAUAAGGUGGUGGAGGUAAAGGGGCCAAAUGACCGGCUGUCACACAAGCAGAUGGUUUGGUUGCACGAACUGAAGAAAAUGGGGGCAGAGGCUGAAGUGUGUCAUGUUGUUGCCAUCGGAGCAAAGAGUAACAGAUUGAACUGAAUGUACUGCCACAAAACUUACAA